AUGCCUCCGGAACCGAGGAUGACCGACCGGCCCUCUUAUUACACCAUGAAGACUUCAGGGCCAGUCCCAGCAGGAGUCAGCCCUCAGGGGCUUGCUCACCCUCACUCACGCACGACUUCGCAGUCAUACGUGACCAGCAAGCCAACAUCGACUUCGCCCUUGGCUUCACCUAAACCGCCGCACGGGGCCAGUAAUCAGCCGCACCGUCCACCCAAGCUCUCUCCGCCGACCUCCCGCGGCAGCCCCCAAAAUGACCGGGCGCCGAGCCCAAACUACUUUGGGCUCGCCGUCGACCCAGCCACCGCGGACCCGCGAGACUCAGCCCGGGUACCGCGUGAGAACUGGAGUUCGCCAUCUUCAUCCGUCAAAUCGUUUGCUGCCGCAAUACCGAAGCAACUACCACUGGACGCGAACCCCGAGUUCGAGGCAUUCAAGAAGCAAGUGGACGCGAACCGGGCGAAGGUGGGCUUCACGCUGUCCAACUCCAACUUCAACAUCAUCUCCGGAAGUGUUCACACCCCGUCCGCGUCGACCCCAUCUGCUCUGCAACGGCCGCGUCCUCCGAAAUGGCCCGUCCAGGGGAGUGAUGGCUCUGAUUUCCCGUUUGCCCAGGAGCCGAGGCUUGCCGCUGCGUCGCUCGGCCUCAGGGACGCCCCUGUCGGCAAGGCAGAUCGGGACGCUGACAGCCUGCACGGAGACUCGGCCUACGUGUCGGGGGACUCCGGGCGCAGCUCGUCGGUAUCUCUGGACCCUACAUCCCGUCUGGUCUCUCCACCCCAGCCGCAGCCGCCCUUCCCAGUUCCGGUUCCAGAAGGAUACGGCAUACCUCCGGCGGUCUCCGGAAUAGUUGGGCGACCGUCCCCCCAGCUGCUAGCUCGCAGCAGGAACGGCUCACUCUCUCCUGUCUCACCCCAACAGUCCGGGGCCGCCGCUGUCUCGCAGGCGCCAGGUGCGGGCGGGCCUAUGAUGUUAUCCCCAGCAGAACUGAAAGAGUUGUUGGAAAGGGAUGAGAAGGAUCAAAGUACGAAGCUCUUGCUGCUAGACCUCAGAGUUUCGCCACAAUUUGCGCAAGCGAGAGUACGCGGCGCUCUGAACCUCUGCAUCCCAACCACGCUUCUGAAGCGAGCGACUUUCAACCUACAGAAACUACAACAGACGUUCCAGGCGGACCGAGACCAGGACAAGUUCUCCAGGUGGCGCGAAGCCACCCACCUCGUCGUCUAUGAUGCCUCGUCCGCCGACCAACGAGACGCCGUCUCGGCCUUGAACAUGAUCAAGAAAUUCACGAACGAGGGUUAUUCGGGUCCUGCACGCAUAUUGCGUGGAGGAUUCAACGCCUUCGCAACCGCAUAUCCCAGUCUCAUCGAUAUCUCACCGCUCUCCGCUAGCGGGCCAUCGCCCGGCUUGUCUCUCGGGGGUAACUCCGUGUCCAAAGGUCUCCAGGCGAAUCUCCCACCGGUAUUUGGGGGUGUCCUUCUGCCCAACGCCGACGCCAAUCCAAGUCCGUUCUUCAACAACAUCCGGCAAAAUCAGGAUCUGGUCGAUGGUGUGGGACAAAUGGAGAUCGGGGUGCCUCCCGGCCUCGUCCAGCACAGCCUCCCGCGUUGGCUCCGGGAGGCAUCCGAAGCUAGUGACCGCGGCAAGAAGGUUUCGGAGAAAUUUCUGCGCAUCGAGCUCACGGAGCAGACCCGGAUGCGGGAGGCCUACUCGGUCGUCAAGUCGGUGGUUUCCGGAAGGGCGGCUGAGGAGGAAGCCACCAAAGUGCAGCUGUCUGGUAUAGAAAAGGGAGGGAAGAACAGGUACAAGGACAUUCUACCGUUCGAACACGCCAGAGUGAGGCUCCUGGGCCGCCCAGAAGGCGCCUGCGACUACGUCAAUGCCAGCCAUCUGCAAGCCAACCGUACGUACAAACGCUAUAUUGCCAGCCAAGGGCCAUUGCCGGCUACCUUCGAGGACUUCUGGUCAGUAGUCUGGGACAACGAUGUGAGGGUCAUCGUGAUGUUGACGGCCGAGUCCGAAGGCGGACAGUUGAAAUGCCACCCGUACUGGAAAGCCAUGGACUACGGCGCCAUCAAGCUGCGCGUGCUAUCCGAAAAGAAGAUCUCGCUGGACCUCGACAAGCGCCGAGACCCGACGAACACGACAGCAGCCGAAGACUCGACGACCUCGGCCCACACAUCGACCGCGGCUUCGGAUGCGGCCUUGCCGCCCGAGGUGGCCCGGAAACGCGCCCACACGACAACCACGCUGGAGUCUGGCACAGCGCAGUCGUCGAACCCCUUUGACCACCUCGCCUCGCAAGCCGCCCCGCCCGCUGAGACUCCCUUCGUCAUCAUCAGGAAAUUCGCGCUAAGCCAUGCGGCACACCCUUUCACUCCAAUACGCGAGAUCACGCAGCUCCACUACCCGUCAUGGCCCGAUUUCGGUGCUCCGGCGCAACCCAGCCACCUCCUCGCGCUCGUCGAGCUGGCCAACGCCAUGCAGCAUGCGUCGCUCCCGCUCUCGACAUCUGUGUCGCGAAAGAACAGUAUAGGCACUAGUGAUGGCGCGGCCACCAGCGAUGGGACCGCUCAUACCAACCCCGCCGGACUGACAAGGGCGGAGAGCGACACGAGUAGCCUGCCCGUGAGCUGGUACGAUGAGCCCGAGUCGAGCGAGAAUUCCCGGCCGAUGCUGGUGCACUGCUCGGCCGGGUGCGGCCGCACAGGCGCCUUCUGUACCGUCGACAGCGUCAUCGACAUGCUCAAGCGCCAGAGACUACACAUGAUACACCAACAUUCUGGCGGGAGUGGCGCUGCUGCUGCUUCCCGCCGUCCGGGAACUGCUGGACCGUCAAGGGAGUGCGAUGGUGAGGGGGACACCAUCAUGGAGGAGAUCGGGGCGUCAAGAACGGCGAACGGACCGGCACGAAAUAAGCCGGACAUCGACACAACUUGGCUGGAGGACGAUAGCAUAGACCUGAUUGCGCACACCGUAGAAGAUUUCCGCGGCCAGAGACUGAGCAUGGUGCAGAGCCUGCGCCAGUUUGUGCUCUGCUACGAGACGGUGCUCGAAUGGAUCCGGCGGCUCCAGGACUCUUCUGGUGCUGGUGUGGUCCAUCCCAGGGGCGGAAGAGGCAGACGUGCGACAUUAAACUUCUCUUAUUAG